GCCGCCGGGAGCGCGGCCAGCGCCGCUCCACAAGAGGCGCCGGGAGCCGCAGGAUUACAGCGCCGGCUCCGCGGGGAAGGACAGCGCUCCGGGGCCGGAGCCGCUCGGCUGCAGGUUGAACCUUGCCACCUGAAAGACUUAAACACACAGUUCCUCUGAGACAAGCAGAAUCACUGAAUUCAGGGGACUGAAGAUGCUGCUGCUGCUGUGGGAGCAGCUGUUCCUGGUGUCACUUGUGGGCUGCCUUGCAGACGUGGAGAGCUCCAGGACCAAGAUGAGGAGCGCGGUGUCGGUGCGGGAGGGCCAGGGGGUCGUGCUGCUCUGUGGGACCCCACCCCAGGCAGGAGAGGUGUCGUUCGCCUGGAUCUUCAACGAGUACCCGUCGUUCGUGCAGGAGGACAGCCGGCGCUUCGUGUCGCAGGAGACGGGGCACCUGUACAUCGCCAAGGUGGAGCCGUCGGACGUGGGCAACUACAGCUGCGUGGUGACCAGCAGGGCCAGCAGCAGGGCCGGCAGCAGGGCCGGCAGCAGGGCCAGCAGCAGCCCCGCGCUGGGCUCGCCCACGCCGCUGGUGCUGCGCACGGACGGUGUAAUGGGGGAAUAUGAGCCCAAAAUAGAAGUUCAGUUCCCAGAGACACUGGCAGCAGCCAAGGGCUCCACUGUGAAGCUGGAGUGCUUUGCACUAGGAAACCCUGUGCCUCAGAUUAACUGGAGAAGAACUGACGGGCUGCCAUUCCCAAGUAAAAUAAAGCUGAGGAAAUCCAAUGGCAUGAUUGAAAUCCCUAAUUUCCAGCAGGAGGACGCAGGGCUCUAUGAAUGCAUUACUGAAAACUCCAGAGGCAAAAACAUUGCAAGAGGACGUCUCACUUACUAUGCAAAGCCUCACUGGCUCCAGACCAUACAGGAUGUGGAGGUUGCUGUGGAGGACACCUUAUUCUGGGACUGCAGAGCAAGUGGGAAGCCCAAACCAUCCUACAGGUGGCUGAAGAAUGGAGAGCAGCUGGCAAUAGAGGGAAGGAUCCAAAUUGAAAAUGGUGCACUUACAAUAUCAAAUCUAAAUCUGACAGAUUCUGGCAGAUACCAGUGCAUAGCUGAAAAUAAACAUGGUGUCAUCUCUUCCAGUGCAGAGCUCAGGGUUGUAGCCUCUGCUCCAGAUUUUUCCAAGAGUCCAAUGAAGAAGCUGAUCCAGGUUCAGAUAGGCAGCACAGUUGAUUUUGAGUGCAAACCCAAAGCUUUCCCUAAGGCCAAAUGUUCCUGGAAGAAGGGAGGUGAGCAGCUACACGAAAAUGAAAGGAUCACACUGCUGAAGGAUGGAGGACUGAGGAUAGCCAACGUGACCAAGGGGGAUGCUGGCAGCUACACGUGCCUGGCCACAAACCAGUUUGGGACAGCCAGGGGCUCCACCAGCCUGGUAGUUACAGAGCCAACCAGGAUCACCUUGGCACCUUCCAACAUGGAUGUGACCGUGGGGGAGAGCGUGGUGCUGCCCUGCCAGGUGCAGCACGAUCCCCUGCUGGACAUCAGCUUCACCUGGUACUUCAACGGGACCCUCACCGACCUGCAGGGGGAAACCUCCCACUUCGAGAAGGUUGGAGGGAGUGCCUCAGGUGAUCUGAUGAUCAGGAACAUCCAGCUGAAGCACAGUGGGAAGUAUGUGUGCAUGGUGAAGACAGAGGUGGACAGUGUGGCCUCUGCUGCCGACCUUAUUGUGAGAGGCUCCCCUGGGCCCCCUGGGCAGGUGAGGGUGGAUGAGAUCACAGACACCACUGCCCAGAUCUCCUGGCAGGAGGGCACAGACAACCACAGCCCCGUCACCACCUACAGCAUCCAGGCCAGGACUCCCUUCUCGGUGGGCUGGCAGAGAGCCACCACAGUUCCGGAUGUGAUCGACGGCAAAACCUUCACGAGCACAGUAGUGGAUUUAAAUCCUUGGGUUGAAUAUGAAUUUCGUGUAGUUGCCACUAACAAAAUAGGAGGUGGAGAGCCUAGUUUGCCCUCAGAAAAAGUAAGAACUGAAGAGGCAGUUCCUGAAAUUCCCCCAUCUGAGGUCAGUGGGGGAGGAGGCAGCAGAUCUGAGCUGGUCAUAACGUGGGAUCCCGUCCCUGAGGAGCUGCAGAACGGGGAGGGCUUUGGCUACGUGGUCGCCUUCCGCCCCUCGGGCACCAGCACGUGGAUCCAGACCGUGGUCACCUCUCCUGACACCCCCAGGUACGUCUUCAGGAACGAGAGCAUCCUGCCCUUCUCGCCCUACGAGGUCAAGGUCGGCGUCUACAACAACAAGGGCGAGGGGCCCUUCAGCGCCGUGGCCACCGUCUACUCUGCCGAGGAAGAGCCCAGCACGGCCCCCGCGGGGGUGUCUGCCACCAGCCUGUCCUCCUCGGCCAUCCAGGUGUCCUGGGCUGCCAUUCCCUGGAAGAUGAGCAAUGGAAGGCUGCUGGGCUAUGAGGUUAGGUACUGGAAUAAUGACCAAAAAGAAGAAUCUUCCAACAGAGUGAAAGCAGCAGGGAAUGAAACAUCAAUAAAAAUCACGGGGUUGAGGAGCAACUUGGCUUAUUACACAGCAGUGCGUGCCUACAACAGUGCUGGAGCAGGGCCCUUCAGUGCCACUGUCAAUGCCACCACCAAAAAGCCACCACCCAGCCAGCCCCCAGGAAACGUGGUGUGGAAUGUCACAGACUCCAGAGUCAUCCUGAGCUGGGAGGAGGUCAGAGCCAUGGACAACGAGUCCGAGGUCACGGGCUACAAGGUUCUGUACAGGACCAGCAGGCAGGGCAGGGAGGAGGUGCUGAGCACGGCCAGGACCACGGCCGAGCUGUGGCUGCGGCUGCAGGACGAUUAUCUGAUCGAGGUCAGAGCCACCAGCGAGGGGGGAGAUGGCACCAGCAGCGAGCAGAUCCUCAUCCCCAGGCUAGCCAGUAUGGAUGCAAGAGGUUCUGGUCCAUCAGUCUUGAGUAUCUUCACUAUCUCCAGCUUCUUAGCAACAAUAUUUUCCUUGACCCUUAAUUCCAUGUUGUGCUGAUCAUUUGCAUUUGCUGGGAGGAAAAAAAUUGGUUACUAAAGUGCUUUUUUUAAAAAAAACUGCAGUGGUUAAUGCAUGUUUUUUUCUUCUAUCCUGACGUGUUUUUAAAUUCUUUAUAUUUCACUGUAAGUUGAAGUAAAAAUACCAUGUAAAGUUUAGCAAAUCCUUUAAAAAGGAAUCUAAAAUGCCUUAAUACUUGAACCAAAGGAGUUUACAUGUUCCAUACUUCAGAUCCAGUGUGAGAGAGAGAGGGGGAGGGAUGGCACUGUGAGGUCAGGGCUAGGAGGGAGAGUGAAAAACUCCAUUGUUGCAGCAGCCCUGAAUUGUUCUGGGUCUGUUCUGCAUUGCUAAAAUGACAUUUUAACAUGGAAAAGCUGAAAUCAGAGACGUGGCUGUUUCCAGUGGGAGGGUAACACAAGCAGUGGCUGCUGCCAAGGCAGUGCCAGCACCCAGGAGUUUGGAUCAUUUUCCUGUGGGAGUUGCUCUAAAUGGAAGGAAAUCCCAAAAGAAAUCCCUUCUGGAGCAGGGCCCUCCACUGCUGCUCCUGAGGAAUGAUCCCAGCUGUGUUCUGGGAUGUUUGCACCUUCUCACCCAGCCACCCUCCAGCAGUAAAUUCUGCCAUUCGUUUCCUCAUCCCCCCACCCUGCCUCUCCCACCCAGGCUCUUUGCUCACAGCCAGGCUCCCCACCCUGAGGAUGAUGUGAUUUCCCUCCUGGCAGUGUUUCAGGAGCUGAAGUGCCCAGCUGGCAGCACUGGUGAAGUGCAGGGGCACCAUGGCCUUAGGGAGAGGGACAGCCACCCCCUGUCUGGUGACCUGAGCCCCAAAUUCUGCUCAUUUCUGGGUUUGCCACACUGCAAACACCCUGAAUUCAGACUUAGAGUCAAACCUCUCCUUCCUGCUGCUCUGGAACCAGUUCUGAGCUCUUCCACUGCUCUGGCUCUCAGCUGCUGUCACAUGAGUCUGGGAAGUUCAUGACAAUAUUAGGAUAUUAAAAAAAAAUGGUACAACAACUCUUCAGACUUGCUGUUGUAGAGAAAUCUGUGCUUUCUUUCCUGGCAGUAAAUUAAAGAUACAUUAAGCCUGGUCCAUUUGACUUGCAGAGUUGUGGCUUCAGUCAAAUCAGCCUUUUAGACACUUUUUAGAGAGGUCACAGCAUCCCUGUUCCAGCACGUGUUCACAUGGCAUACAACAUCUCUUAAAGACUGCUUUUUUUUGGUUGUUUUUUUGUUUUUUUCAUUUCACAAUACUAUUACAACACACAGAACUACAAAGGGAGAACCAGGAUUAAUAAAAUGAUGGUAGCACUGUAGAAGAAAUACCUUGAUGUACCUUCAGCUGAUGGGCUCCAGAUGAGGCAAAGUGCUGCUGAGGAAAGCAAGAGCUGUAUAUACUGUACAUAGAGAGCUAUAAAUGAGUCAAAAAUUAGUUGUUUUUCCAUGUGGCUGACCAGUAUUGUUUUCAGACACUUGCAAACAGGGGGGUGGGUGGGACAUGGAAAUCCAGGUGUUCCUAGUGAGUAAAUAGUAAUAUUUCAUGCAACAAAGGGUGACUCUUGUUUCACAGAAUUCUAGUCCAGGUUCCUGUACUGCCCAUUUUUCAUGAGCUUACAUUGUAUUCUUACUUGAUUUCUAGUUCUAUAUCUCCAUGAGAUAUGUACCCAGUACCUUGUUUCAUAUUGAAAAGGUUGAAAUUUAUCCUUGAACUUCCAGUUGUGUGUGUAUCCUAUGGUUAUCUGUAUGCAUUCUUUUCUAUGGCUCUAAUAAAAUAUUUAUUACAUUGAGGGAUAAUAGAAUAUCUCAAAGUGUUAUUGCUUGUUCCUAUUACAUAUUUGCACAUGUUGGGGGUUUAAUACAUCUGAAAAUGGCUGUGCCCAAGCUUCUGCCUACAGCUUUA